AUGGGAGCUUGUCAGAGCUUUAGGGAAAUGUGUGAUCGUGAAAAGAACACCAAUGUUCGUCUGAGUCUUCCAGCUGUUUGCAUUGUGUGGCAGACUGCCAUGAUCAUCUUGUUUGGGGUUUUUAUACGUCUGUCCCUACUACCAUUCCUUUCCUUUUUUCUACUUUUAUUCUGUACUGCUCUUCUAUCUAAUCACAUUUUUCUGUUAGGUUUCCAAGAUGUCCAUGUGAUGAUAUUUGUUGGAUUUGGUUUCCUCAUGACGUUUCUUAAGCGAUACAGCUUCGGAGGAGUAGGUUUCAACUUCCUCAUCGCUGCCUUUGGUCUUCAGUGGGCACUGCUGAUGCAGGGCUGGUUCCACUGGCUGGGCCCUGAUGGGAAGAUCAGAAUUGGAGUUGAAAACCUGAUCAAUGCUGAUUUCUGCGUGGCCGGCUGCUUAAUUGCCUACGGAGCACUGUUGGGAAAAGUCAGUCCAGUCCAGCUAAUGGUUCUGACUUUGUUUGGGAUUACACUGUUUGCUGUGGAGGAAUUUAUCAUCCUAAGUGUUAUACAUGCCAGAGAUGCUGGAGGCUCCAUGGUAAUUCACACAUUUGGAGGCUAUUAUGGUCUUUCCAUAUCAUGGAUGCUCUAUCGUCCUAACUUGCACCAGAGCAGUCGUCUGCAGGGCUCUGUCUACCACUCAGAUGUCUUUGCAAUGAUUGGCACCCUGUUCCUGUGGAUGUUCUGGCCCAGCUUCAACUCAGCUAUCUGUGAUCACGGGGAUGGGCAGCACAGAGCCGCCAUCAACACUUACCUUUGUUUGGCCUCAACUGUCCUCACCACUGUGGCCAUCUCGAGCCUCUUCCAGAAGCAUGGGAAACUAGACAUGGUUCACAUCCAGAACUCCACACUUGCUGGAGGCGUUGCAGCUGGAACAGCAGCUGAGUUCAUGCUGAUGCCCUAUGGCUGUCUUAUUGUGGGUUUCUGCUGUGGCAUCAUUUCCACACUUGGAUAUAUCUUUCUCACGCCAUUCAUGGAGAAGCGCCUGAAGAUCCAGGACACGUGUGGAAUCCACAACCUCCACGCUAUGCCAGGAGUUGUAGGUGGCAUUGUGGGAGCCAUUACAGCUGCAUCUGCAUCUGUUGAAGUUUAUGGCCAUAAGGGGCUGGAGAACACCUUUGACUUUAAGGGUAAAUUCGAAGACAUGGUACCCACAAGGCAGGGCGGUCACCAGGCAGCGGGCCUCUGUGUGGCGUUGUGCUUCGGUAUAGGUGGAGGCAUCAUUGUUGGCGCUAUCUUAAGGCUACCUAUCUGGGGAGACCCUGCAGAUGACAACUGCUUUGAUGAUGAGACCUACUGGGAGGUCCCAGAGGAGGAGGAGAGCAUCCCAACAAUCCUGCAGUACAACAACCACGUGCAAAACAAAGAUAUCGCCGAGUCAAAUUUCACCAUGGAGUCGGAGUCCAGGGCUCGAUCUUAAUGGACUUCUGCCUUGUUUCCAAUCAUUCUCCCACUGGACAAAAAUGUUCAUUUCGUGCAAUUAAUGACCACUUGUCAGCACCAGCUAUUUUUCAUACGGUGAU